CCACCCCAAACACCAGGGAAGGACAGGGGCUAUAUUUGGCCAGAGCAGGGGAUCAGUCACUGGUAGAAUACGCACCUAACUUCUUGUGUAUUUCACGGGCAUUUUCCCCAGCUGAUCAUUUCGACCAAAAGAAGAUCAUUACAUUGUUUCUUUUAUGAAUCUUGCAAAUUAUUCUUACUUCUCUGGCAUGUGCAACAUGACCGCUGAGACGCAGCACUCGCCUGCCGAGGCGAGUCCUGUUGUCAUGUCUCCAAAUGUGAGCCUGGACUCAUCGCUGCCUCCGCCGCCUCUGAUGCUGCAGGCCCGGUCAAAGGACAAUGUUUUGAUCAAGUCUGAGCCCCGGGGGAACAGUCCAAACACGGAUGAUGGAGCCGCUCUGGGGCAGACUGAGGAGCACCUGCCCACCGGGAGCCGCCGGAGGAAGAGGCCCGUCCAGAGGGGGAAACCUCCCUACAGCUACAUCGCUCUCAUCGCCAUGGCCAUUGCCAACUCUCCCGAGAGAAAGCUCACCCUGGGGGGCAUUUAUAAGUUUAUCAUGGAGCGGUUUCCUUUCUACAGGGAGAACUCCAAGAAGUGGCAAAACUCCAUCCGCCACAACCUCACCCUCAACGACUGUUUUGUGAAGAUCCCCCGGGAGCCCGGCAGACCAGGUAAAGGCAACUACUGGACUUUGGACCCCGCCGCUGAGGACAUGUUUGACAACGGGAGCUUUUUGAGGAGAAGGAAAAGAUUCAAGCGCACAGAUGUGAGCACCUACCCCGGCUACAUGCAAAGCUCCAGCGCGUUCACCCCAACUCCAAUGGGCAGGCCCUCGUACCCUAACACCCUGUACGCUGGGAUAGGGUCUGGUUAUGGCUCUCAGCUGACUGCCACAUCCCCGCAUCCGGGCAUGCUCCAUCACUACCAGACCUCCGCCGGGGUCGGUCAAGGACAGUCGCGCAUGUUCAGCAUCGACAACAUCAUCAGCCAGCAGACGGUGGUGCAGGGUGGCCCAGGGGGAGAGCUCAACUCCCAAGCGCUGGGGCUGGGCGCAGGUGACCUGGGCUCCAUGACCUCCAGCUGCUCGGUCACCGGCACCGACCCGUCUGCGUGCUUCCAGACCCAGACUGUCAACCCCUCAGCGAACAUGCUGAGCAGAAACAGCGGGAACCUCACAUCCAACCUGGCUGCCGGGUACCCGUACUCCUCUUCGGCCUCUCCUCCAAACCUGCCCACCAUGACCCAGUCCGGUUUCUCAGGGAGCUCUCAAGUGUACUGCUCCGGCAACCGGCUGGCCCUGCGCCCGGGCUCCUGCGCCGAGCACACAGAGCAGCUGCUGGGCCUCUCCAGCCCCAUGAACUCCUACAACAACACCUACAUGAGACAGGCCAACUUUGCGUCAGGGUUAGAGCGGUAUAUGUGAAACAGUAUUUGCCCAAAAAGGUCCUAAUUAAUUAUAGGCUAGUCCCAUAUUAAAGGAAUUUGCCCUCAAUGAGUUCGUAUGAGAUGAAACACAAUAGGUCUGGUAACACAAUAUAAAAAGAACCCUAUCAGAAUAUUAUUGGGAAGUAAUAUAAAUGUCUUAAAUUACCUACUAUUAUGUCAUAAUAGACUCAUUAAACGACAGAUUUAUAAGUUCCUGUAAGAAAUUCGGUGAUUCCUUUUUGCCGAGAACAGAAACGAUGACACAAAAUGACCGAGCCUCAUGAUAAAACAUUCCUAUUUUAAAAGGUGUAAAGCCAUUUAGAUCCGUUUGACACAUUCCAUGACUGUAUCUCAGAGAGUUUAAUGUGUUUUAUUGUGCCACAUUUCGUUCAUAUGUGUUUUAGAGUUUGUUUUGAAGUUUACAUGUGUUUGUUUUAUCAUCCAAGUCUUUCAUGUAAAUAGUUUGUUGAUGUAUAAAAACUUUAUUAAAAGAAAAGAGUGUUAUCAUUGCUGACGACAGGUCGCCUGAA